CUAUCUAAAGCUCUAUAGCUAGUACAAGAACAAACAUCAUUUUUUUCUGUCUUUCUGCAAAGCUCUCGGUCCCCACCUCUGGAACCCCGCAACUCUUCGCUUGUCCAUACCCGAUUCCGAUAAUCAGACCGAAUCGACCGGCCAGUUUCAUUUUGAGCUGUGCUUCAGCUGGGCGAUAGCUUGGUCGGUUUUGAGAACUCGGGAUGCUGAGAUGUUGGACGGGAGCUUGACCUUGACCAUGUACCUCAACGCCACAGGAGCAACUUGCUCGCCACUUCUUGCUGGCAAGACUAACAAGAGGAUGAGUCUGUGCUUAGCAAGAUCGAGCCCGCCCGAAGACCUUCGGCUGUCUUCGAUUUCGACCUCCACCACGGACGAGUCUCUGAAUAUCCUGGAAUCGAGAAAAUCCUCGGGCCGCAAGAGAAGUCCUCGGUCCAACACUCUGCUCAGCCCCGGAAAGACAGUCGGGAUCAUCGGUGGGGCAUCGGUGUUCUCCACUCUUGUCUUCUUGGAGAAGAUCGUGUGGUGGAGCUCGAGAGAUGGGGAGGAAGCCAUCCCUUUCGUGGUCUGCAAUGAUCCCCAACUGAGCAGGGAGCUUGCAUCCCUAAGUACUCUAAGGAGAGACUCAAACAGCAUUUCGGAUUUGAAUCCAAUUGGGAUAAUAGAAAACUUGAGGGGCAAGCGAUCAUUCCUCAAGAAGGCGGGUGCUGGGUGCAUAGUGAUGCCCUGCCACUUGUUGCACGUUUGGCACAAGGAAGUGGCCCAAGGCUGUAAACUGCCAUUCCUUCACGCCGGCGAAUGCUUAUCCUGGGAGCUUAAAAGGGCAAAUCUGAAGCCACUCGAGGCUGGGAGCAAUGUGAGGGUCGGGAUUCUCGGGACAGAUUCAAUAUUAAUGGCCAGGACUUAUCAGGAGAACCUAGAGAGGCAGGGCUUUGAAGCUGUGCUGCCGGACAAGGCGACAAUGGAGCACUUGGUAAUCCCCGCGAUAGAAGCAUUGCAGAGGAAAGACAUUGAAGGUGCAAGAAAUCUCCUGAGGAUCGCAAUUCAAGACCUACUUAUCCGAGCAGUGAAGGUGGUGAUCCUAGCUUCUGAUGAAAUGCAGGGUAUCCUCCCUCGUGAUGACCCUCUCCUCAAGAAAUGCAUUGACCCUAUGGACUCAUUGGUGAGGUCGACCAUAGAAUGGGCUAAACGCAAAGAAAAGUUUCACGAGGAAACGGGAACUUGAACUUAUUUAAUGGCCAGAGGCUGUGCAUGUGAAAUCCUGGUAUGCUCUCGCUCUCUCGUUAUCCUUCGGAGAUACGUGAGCAAAAAGAAUAGUAUUCCAGGAAUGUCGGAACUUUUUUCGGAACUCUUACUUCUCUUGGAACCUAUUUUUUUAGUUUAUUUGGAUAAUUAUAUAGUAUGGACUGUCAUCUCAAACUUGAGAUAAAUGCUCUUAAAAUCUAUGAAAUGGUCUCCAAAUUAUCAGUAUUCAAA